AUGGCCCCGCCGCUGUUCAUCCUCGCCGUCAUCCUCUACGUCGUCUCCGCCACCGCCGUCAAGGCGCUAGUCUUCGACGUGCCGUCGGGCAGCUCCAAGUGCCUGACAGAGGAACUCCACCGCCGCGCGGUCAGCCACGCGUCGUACCGCGUGGUGGCGGAGUCUACUUCAGCGUAUGACCGGAGGAUCUUGGUGCGCGUGACGGGUCCGCGCGGUGAGGAGCUCUACAUGGCGGAGGGCGGGGAACGCGGGGAGUUCAGGUUCGAGGCGGCGGAGGACGGUGGGCACACCGCCUGCUUUUGGUCAUCCCGCCACGAGCGCGGCGCCGUUGUCUCCGUCGACGUGCAGUGGGCCACCACCAGUGUCGGCGCCCACGCCGGGGGGUCCGGAUCCCCGCCCGCCGUCGCGGUUGCCAACAAAGGCCGCAUUGCUACCAUCGCAGGAGAGUUGAAGAAACUGGAGGAUUCUGCUCGACUCAUACACCAAGAAAUGUUAUCUUUUCGCCGUGGUCUUCUUUUCCACUGGGGAUACUUUAGUGAUUUAUCAAACGAGGCUUGGCAUGUGCCGCAGGGCUUAUUUCUAAUCAACUCCACAAGUGUUGUCCCAAUGGAAAAUCGAGUGAGCCUGGGGCAAGAAAUUAUCUCCAGUGACUCCAGAGACGAGAGCUUCUCCACCCAAGAAGGAAGUCUUCUUCCAGGGUAA